AUGAAUUUCCUCAAAUUGCUCCUUGCCUUUGCCGUAAUUGCAGGAUUAUUGGCCUGCCCAGAGAAAUGUACUUGUCACUUCAAUAACAUCUACUGCAACGAACUGAGCACAUCGCAAUCCGAAACACUAUUGCAAGCUUUGAACAAAGAACUUAAAGACAUUGAGAAUUUGGAGAUCGAAAAUACUGUCAAUUUUCCAAUGAACAAACUGCCCUCACUUUUGGAGCUGAAAUCCCUCAUUCUCAACAAUUGCUCAUAUGAGAACGGCGAGCAUCACAUUGCGCAUGGAUCCUACCCAAAAGCCACUAUUCUCAAAAUCACAAAUAGCAAUAUGAUGUUUUUGAACACAUACAUUUCCAACGCGUUUCCAUCACUUGAAGUACUAGAUUUAAGCAACAAUGAGAUAUUAACCAUCACUGGGGACACGGCAUUUUGCAUGCCAAAUUUGAAGAUUUUUGAUCUGAGCGGAAAUCGGUUUGAGUUUAUUCCCUUUGACACUUUCCGUAUGAUGGAUCAACUCGAAGUUAUCAGGAUGCGAAACAACAAUUUGACAAAACUUGAAACGUCCAUUUUCUACAUUAACCCAUCUCUUCAUACAGUUGACUUGUCGGGAAAUCGAAUCAGACGAAUUAGCUCCGAUAGCACCAACAUCAUGCCAACACAACGUCUCGAUCUGAGUAAUAAUCAACUGACAAGCAUCCCUGGACUCCCACUCAAGAAUAUGGAGGAAUUGAUUUUUCUCAAUCUUAGUUCGAAUCCCAUUAAGAUUAUCGAAGAGGCUGCAAUUUACGCGUCAUACUUGGAAGUUUUGGAUGUGAGCCACUGUGACAUCGCUAUUAUUGAGGCUGGAGCAUUUUCUCACGUGCCUAUGCUCCACACAUUGAUCGUCUCCGGUAACAAAAAUCUCGUCUCGAUCUCAUCGCAUUCUUUAGCAAAUUCGACGGCUGUUUUCACAUUGGAUGUCCGCAGCACCGGUCUUCGUUACUUUCCUUUCGGUAUAAUGGAAUCACUUCGAACGAUCUACAUAUCUGAUGUUCGUCUUGACUGCGCUUGCAUUGCUGAACAGCUCAACGAGAUUACCACUGUCACCAUUAUGGAUUGGGCGGAAGCGACAUGCGUCACCAAAAAUGGAGCUUUAGUUCAUUUGAGCCAGUUGAGCACCAACAUGUUGCCGAUCACUGACAAAUGCGAGGAAGAGUUUGCCGUGCCGUUCACAGAGUAUCAAGAAGCUGAGCUUGGAACUAGCUAUCGGAUUCACUGUAUGAUGCAUUAUAACGCAAAGAACGUCGAUUGGAUUCUUCCCAACAAGUCCGUUGUGCAUGCGACGAAGCCGGAACCCACCGACACCUACACUACCACUGACUUCUUCAUGCAUUCUCUUAUGGGCCCCUUUUUGAAGAGACCAAUUAUCAAUCGUACGCAUGCUACUACUGAACACUUUGCAAUUGACGUGGUCUUGGAGAGCGACAGCGGGGUUUAUGAAUGCAUUUCAAAGGAUGGCAAAGGGUCGAGGCGUAAGAUCAACUUCAAAGCGACCAAGCCAAACAUCACGCUGAUGUUUCCCAUUGUUCGCGAAAAUUCGAUCUCAGUAAAUUGGAACUACAAUUUGAAGAUCAAGGCGGUUGAUCGUGUUGCUUUUUUGAUCGUCUAUGACGGAAAAAAUAUUCAUAAUAAGCAGCGAAUCAAUUUGUCGCUUUUUCAAAACUACCGUUUUCAUAAUUUGCAGAACCUUAUCUCGAAUCAUUCCUACAACGUGUGUCUCGAAUGGAUCAUGCCGGAAAAUAAUGAAAUGAUCUACAAUACCUGCCUUGAAGUCCAUACUGAUCCGCGUUUGCCGUCAAUCUUUGCUCGCUACCCGAAAACGUUUUUGAGUCUUUUAGGCAUUCUAUUGGGUUUCAUCGUCUACUGCAUUGGGAAGAAUCUGUAUAUUCAAUACCAUUUAACAGAAAAAGUCAAAAAUAACGCGAAGAUGCAGCAAUCCGUUUCCGGACAGUCGAUGCUUAGUAAUACGACUGAUGGAGUCACCUACGAAAAUGUUCAGCUGCAGAUGUCUCCGUCUUUCUGGGACCCGGCUGUUUAA